UUUGCCGGAGAAUAGGAAAGGAGUAGGCUCGGUCUGCGUGCAGAGGCAGAAUUGCACCGUACUACGUCUGGGAAUAUUCGUGCACGGUGGAGAACGCGCCUCACAGCUCCUCUGCUUUGAAUAGUAGGUUUGUAUAGGGUUUACUAAUAGUUAUCAGUUUCAUGUUAUUUAUUUAAUAAAUGCGUUUUUUUGAGGUGGUGGAGCCUCGCUUAACAAAUCCAACGAGUUUCAAUUCAACAGUAGCCUAACCGAAUGCUAUUCAUGGAUAAUCUUCUCCGGCAAGGACGAGCUACUGAAUAACCACAGCCUGAGUCAACAAGGUAUCAAGUUACCAUCCUAGGGUGUCUGUGUGAUGCCCCCUACUAGCGGGUCCCCUCCCAGUGUGUGAUGCAUCAUGGCUCCAGUGCUGAGUGGCUUGUGGGAACUGGGGGUCGUGGGGUCAGGGGACGCCACGGCGACGUCCUUAGGCAAUGUGCAGCUGGUCCUAGUGGGCACCCUGAUGACCAUCUCUGUCUUCUUGCUGCUCUCAAUGCUACUGCUGCUGUGUGCAGGCUGCCAGGGGCCAAAGAAAUCAAAUUGCCGCCCAGUGGCCCACGAGAACCUCAUGAAUGGAGUGUCUGAGAGAGAGACAUUUACCGGUAGUCAGUCUGUGGACAGCCCAGGGACUGACCUAUUGGUGAGCAGCUCACACAACGGCCCACUAACCAGUGGUACAGUGUUGACAGACACCCAGGACAUUAGUCCCCAGCCCUCUGAGGAGAUGCUGUCCAGUCAGUCCGAGCUGCGGAGCUCCAAGUGUCCCCAGGACCGCGAGCUGCCCAGCAUCCCACCCAACAGCACCCUGGAGGGGAUGGGAUGUUCCAGCGGACCCCUUCUCCCUCCCUCUGGAGACGGCACCUACGAGGUGGUGAAGGAGAGAGGUGGCGACCUAACGGCGUCCCGGGAUGUGAGCGUUGAAGACUCCCUGUACGAGACGGUCAAAGAGCUGAAGGACCAUCCAGGGAGCCUGGCUGCAGGUCUCCUCAACGGAGACGGUACUACGUCCCCCCUCAGCCCUGAUGACAAUGACAUUUCCCACCACAACCACCUCCCACCUCCCAACAACCCUCCAGCCCUCCACAACGGCCACCUCAGCCCUGGCUCCCCAGAGCGGGGGCCCCUGUGCGCGGGAGUGGAGUACGCCUCGGUGGAUCUGAACAAGAAGAGCCGUUACAGUGCAGACCUGGAGGCCAGGCGCUCAGCCACCAUCACUGCUGCUGUGAGCCCCAUAGAGGAGCCCGAGGAGGAGGACAGACCCCCGCCUGUACCUGACAAGGUGCUGGAUGAGAACGACAACCAGCCUACCAUGAUGGACGCAGGAGCGGUGGUGGUACUGGGGGCCGCGCUGCAAAACGGAGAGCUGUCAGACAUGUACUCCACGGUGGGGAAGCCAGGUCUAGAUGUGGAGGAGAAGGAGAGUGACUACAGCAGCAUUGCUGAUAUCAAGGGUCUGGUCCCCGAGUAUUCCUCCAGUGAUCUCUACGCUACCGUCAGGGACAUCUACCCCCAGCCCAGAGAGGGGGAGUCAGACCCCCAGGGACCCCCCACAGAGAGCAUCGAGCCUGGCUACGAGAUCAUCCACAUCCCUAAGACUGGCAGUGGAGAGGACUUGGGGCUGGGGAACCAGGUUCAGGAGCCAGACUAUGAGAGUGUAGGUGAGCUGGCACUGGGGUUGAACAGGGAGAGCUCCCGUCUCUGACUGCCUAUGGACCCUAAAGCCUGAGUCUCUGGGGCCUCACCCUCCACCCCAGCCAUUAACCUCACUCCUAGCCUCACCCUCAACCCCAGCCAUUAUCUCACUCCUAGCCUCACCCUCCACCCCAGCCAUUAACCUCACUCCUAGCCUCACCCUCAACCCCAGCCAUUAUCUCACUCCUAGCCUCACCCUCCACCCCAGCCAUUAACCUCACUCCUAGUCUCACCCUCCACCCCAGCCAUUAACCUCACUCCUAGCCUCACUCUCAACCCCAGCCAUUAUCUAACCCUCCACCCCAGCCAUUAACCUCACUCCUAGCCUCACCCUCAACCCCAGCCAUUAUCUCACUCCUAGCCUCACCCUCCAACCCAGCCAUUAACCUAACUCCUAGCCUCACCCUCCACCCCAGCCAUUAGCCUAACUCCUAGCCUCACCCUCAACCCCAGCCAGUAGCCUAACUCCUAGUCUCACCCUCAACCCCAGCCAUUAGCCUAACUCCUAACCUCACCCUCAACCACAGCCAUUAUCCUAACUCCUAGUCUCACCCUCAACCCCAGCCAUUAGCCUAACUCCUAGUCUCACCCUCAACCCCAGCCAUUAGCCUAACUCCUAGUCUCACCCUCAACCACAGCCAUUAGCCUAACUCCUAGUCUCACCCUCAACCCCAGCCAUUAGCCUAACUCCUAGUCUCACCCUCAACCCAAGCCAUUAGCCUAACUCCUAGUCUCACCCUCAACCCCAGCCAUUAGCCUAACUCCUAGUCUCACCCUCAACCACAGCCAUUAGCCUCACUCCUAGUCUCACCCUCAACUCCAGCCAUUAGCCUAACUCCUAGUCUCACCCUCAACCCAAGCCAUUAGCCUAACUCCUAGUCUCACCCUCAACCCCAGCCAUUAGCCUAACUCCUAGUCUCACCCUCAACCACAGCCAUUAGCCUCACUCCUAGUCUCACCCUCAACCCCAGCCAUUAGCCUAACUCCUAGUCUCACCCUCAACCACAGCCAUUAGCCUAACUCCUAGUCUCACCCUCAACCCCAGCCAUUAGCCUAACUCCUAGUCUCACCCUCAACCCAAGCCAUUAGCCUAACUCCUAGUCUCACCCUCAACCCCAGCCAUUAGCCUAACUCCUAGUCUCACCCUCAACCACAGCCAUUAGCCUCACUCCUAGUCUCACCCUCAACCCCAGCCAUUAGCCUAACUCCUAGUCUCACCCUCAACCACAGCCAUUAGCCUUACUCCUAGUCUCACCCUCAACUCCAGCCAUUAGCCUAACUCCUAGUCUCACCCUCAACCCCAGCCAUUAGCCUAACUCCUAGUCUCACCCUCAACCCCAGCCAUUAACCUCACUCCUAGCCUCACCCUCAACCCCAGCCAUUAGCCUAACUCCUAACCUCACCCUCACCCUCAACCUAAACCAUUAACCUCACUCCUAGCCUCACCCUCAACCCCAGCCAUUAGCCUAACUCUUAGCCUCACCCACAACCAGCAGCCCUGAUGUGAGGGACACCACCACAUGGUUCUGAACUACAACCUUCAACCCUACCAUCUAUCACCAAUUCAGGGUUUCCGCUCACUGCCCCCUCAGUGCAGUUUGGGUGCGCCCCCCGCCCAAGGUUAUCUGAUUGAACUAUAAUCUUAACUAGCCCUCGUCCAUUCAUGGUGCCCUUAAAUGACUGAACUAUGAAAUCACCGUCCAUUGUCAAGUUGUUGGCCUCCGCCCUCUUUGUUAUCAUCGACUGCUGUCAAUGUGAUUAUCCAUCACCAUCAUAAACCCUUUAUCAGACUACAGAGUGAUCCAUUCCUAGGCAUUUAUAACCAGUCAUUACUAAUUGAGUUAAUGUUAUGAGGCUGGUGACAAGCUGACUGGCCAGUUCCAUUUGUCAGUGCCUUUUGAUUGAAAACCACUUAGUCUUUGUGCCAUAAUGUCGUUCUAUAAAGGUAUGAGUUUAAAGGUUUCCCCACAAUGUAGUGGCACUUUUUACAUCAUCCGUUCUUCCUUCCUAUGUGCCCCGUUUCAUUCAGAACUUCAUGAGAGAUAUGAGAGAUAUGAUAGAUAUGAUAGAUAUGAGAGAUCUGAGAGAUAUGAGAGAUAUGAGAGAUGUGAGAGAUGUGAGAGAUAUGGUAGAUAUGAGAGAUGUGAGAGAUGUGAGAGAUAUGGUAGAUAUGAGAGAUGUGAGAGAUAUGAUAGAUAUGAGAGAUCUGAGAGAUGUGAUAGAUAUGAGAGAUGUGAGACAUAUGAUAGAUAUGAGAGAUGUGAGAGAUAUGGUAGAUAUGAGAGAUAUGAGAGAUAUGAGAGAUGUGAGAUAUGUGUACUUACAUACUAUUGAAACAAUAAGUAGCAGCAAGUCAGGCAUCUAAACUCAAAAUAGAACGGCUAGUUUUAGUUUCUAAAGCAUUUUAAAAACAUUUCACAUUGUCAACCGUUUGAUCAAAUUCCUAUUUAUUUCAAGAUGAUGGAUCAUUGUGUGAUUUAAAGGAUAUCAGGAAGGGCGUUUGUUUAUGAGGGAAACUUUAAGAGCUUUUGUUCUGUACAUGGGAUAAAGAGAAGAAGAAGUAGGUUGCCGUGGUAAUAAAGUAGUAGUCAAGGUACUCAUAAAUGAUUGUGACUUUUAAAAAAGGACUUAUUUGUUCAAAAACAAGACAAACAAUGGUGAGACCAUAUCUAUCAAUGUUGUGAUUUCUUCUUAAAAUCUUGUGAGAAUUGUUCAACUCAGUUGUUUUACUUUUUUAUAUUUCUUCACAGGAUUCAAAAUGUAUUUAAAAUACUUGUAUUCUCUCAAUGUGACAAUAUGCAACAGCAAACCUGUGUGUGUUAAUGCAUCUGAUUUGAUGAAGGUGUAUAUUAUGUGUUUGAAUGGAGUGUUUAUGUUUCUGCUUACCCUAAUGUAUGGUCUGUAUUAAUAUGUUAGAAAAUUAUUCUAAAGCACAAAGUGUCAAAAAACGUUAUGGUACAGCUUGUGUACAGAGCUUAUAGCAGCUUCAUCCUAAAUACACUGAGUGGACAAAACAUUAGGACCACCUUCCUAAUAUUGAGUUAAACCCCUUUUUAACCUCAGAACAGCCUCAAUUCGUCGGGGCAUGGACUCUAUAAGGUGGGUGGUGGACCAUUCUUGAUACACACAGGAAACUGUUGAGCGUGAAAAACCCAGCAGCGUUGCAGUUCUUGACACAAACAGGUGUGUCUGGCACCUACUACCAUAUCCUGUUCAAAGGCACCUACUACCAUACCCCGUUCAAAGGCACCUACUACCAUAUCCCGUUCAAAGGCACGUACAUUUUUUGUCUUGCACAUUCACCCUCAUAAUAGCACACGUUCUGUACACAAUCCAUGUCUCAAGUGUCUCGAGGCUUAAAAAUCCUUCUUUAACCCGUCUCCUCCCCUUCAUCUACACUGAUUGAAGUGGAUUUAACAAGUUACAUCAAUAAGGGGCUUUAACCUGUCUCCUCCCCUUCAUCUACACUGAUUGAAGUGCAUUAAACAAGUUACAUCAAUAAGGGGCUUUAACCUGUCUCCUCCUUCAUCUUCAUCUACACUGAUUGAAGUGCAUUAAACAAGUUACAUCAAUAAGGGGCUUUAACCUGUCUCCUCCCCUUCAUCUACACUGAUUGAAGUGCAUUAAACAAGUUACAUCAAUAAGGGGCUUUAACCUGUCUCCUCCCCUUCAUCUACACUGAUUGAAGUGCAUUAAACAAGUUACAUCAAUAAGGGGCUUUAACCUGUCUCCUCCCCUUCAUCUACACUGAUUGAAGUGGAUACAAUAAGGGAUCAUAGCUUUCACCUGGUCAGUCUGUCAUGGAAAGAGCAGGUGUUUCUAAUGUUUUGUUCACUCAGUAUAUUUACCCCUUCAUGGGCACAAUAUGAAUAUUUUAACUAGCACUAUUACAGCAGCAUGUGACGACAUGCCAACCGAGGCCUGUAUAUAGUUAGAGAACUAUUUUAUCCAUUUAUUACACAGUUAUUGUAUGAAUUUGCGAAUGGUAAAGUAUAUUUUGUGGUAUGUAUGACUGUGAUGUGGACUGGUUUAUAGUGGCUAUGAAACCACCUACAGUGCAGUAAGUCCACGGUGUCAUUUGAAGGGUAUUCAAUAGGACAAGUCUGCCCCUCACUCGGACUGUGACCCAACUAUUGUUGCUAAGAUACCGUUUGUGAUUGAAUGGUGUUUUGGGUUCUGUAUUCUGUUUAAGUACCAGGACACCGACGCAUUGGUUAUUUUGUUCUUUCAUCUUAUUAAUAUGGUACAUUGUGGUGUUUUAAAGCUUUUUAAAACAUGAAGGUUGAAGCUGCUACUUUUUUUUUUUUUUUAAGAACAGAAAAUGAAUUAAUGUCUGAAUGAAUAUUGUUGUGUGGUGUUUAUUUUCAGACUAAGCGAGUAAAUUCUGACUGUGAAUAACUAGCUAUUGCAUUGAUGAUAUCUACGUUCGACAGGAAAACACUGAUAUUAGCCUAUUUUCCAUCCCAUUUCUCUGUUAUCUCAAUAUUGGACAUUAUUGUUGUACGCAGAGUGAGUGAGUGCAUAUUUCAUUAAACAUGUUUGAGUUUGUAUAA